AUGCUUCAUCGAUUUUGUGAUAAAAUUUUACCUAUAAUUGGUUAUAAAAUUCAAUGGCUCAGUGUUGACUCAACAUUUAUGGAUCGUAUUUUUCUUUCAACAAUUUAUCCUAAUUUAACUGGACUGGGUUUAUACAAUGUUGCAUUAGAAACAGCAAGAGAUCUCUUUACUAAUACAAGUUAUUUUAUUCAUAUUUUCGAAAAUCAACUAUCAUCACUUCUUAUUUAUAUUAAUGAACGUGAAGAACCAAGAAGUUCAAUCAAAGAUAUAAAUAUAUUUCUAUUUACACAAAUCUUUGCUAUGUUUAAUAAUUUACAAUGUUUAAAUAUGGAUCCAUUUAGUACUUGUGAUUAUAAUCAAUUAGCAUUUGGUGUAUCACCUCCAAAUAUUUUCUCUUCGAUUCUAUUAUAUUUGCGUGUUGUCGUCGAUUCUUACGAAGAUUGUCUCUAUUUACUUGAUGGUCGUUUCAAUCAACUUAAUGAGUUCAAUGUUACCAUUUGUUCAUCUGAUGUUCCAUCAUUGCCAUUGAUUAAUAAUCAAGUAAGUAAACGAUAUUAA